AUGAAGAAGAUCUUCAAGGGCCAUUCGCCCUGGGGCUUUCUGAGCUUUAGACAACAUUCUGAGAACCAAGAACCUCCCUGGUAUCUCACCGGGUACACGCCUGUGAAAAAGAUCCACAAGGCCGCAAGCAUUGGGGACAUACCCCAAGUGCAGAAGAUGCUCGAAUUUGGGGAUAUUGACGUGAACAUUACAGACCGGAAGAAAAGGACCGCUCUGCACUAUGCCAGUGCUCACGGCCAGUCGGAAAUGGUGAGCCUGUUGGUGUGGUACGACUGCAACAUCGAAGCCCGGGACCGAGACGAAAGUACAGCUCUGAUCAAGGCCACACAGCGCCAGCAUGAGGACUGUGUGAGGAUCCUUCUGGAAAAUGGCGCCGAUUCCAAUGCCAUCGAUGCUCAUCAAAACACUGCCCUCCACUACGCUGUCUACAACAACGACACCGCCAUAGCCACCAAGCUCCUGGCAUUCAAUACAGAUACCGAAAUUAAGACAAAGAACGGCUACACGCCGCUUAUACUUGCGGUGCUAGAAAACAAACAGGACAUGGUGGAGCUCUUACUGCAGGCUUCAGCAGACAUAAACGCCCUGGACAACUGCAAGAGGUCCGCCCUUAUACAUGCUGUGAGAACUCAGUCUAAAAACAUGAUUGGCCUUCUUCUCCAGCAAGGCGCCAAUGCAUCUUUGGUGGACAUCUAUGGAGCCACUGCGCAAAGUUAUGCUGUUUUUGAAACCUUUCAAGUGCUCUCCCAAGCCCCCGGUCCCAGCUGUCCUGAGAUUACUACAGAGGACAGACACAGCUUUGAAGCCAAGGAUGGCUGCAGACCAUGUUCACAGUCCACCAUGGAAGACAACCGAAGGAUGGAGGAAAACAUGGAUGCAGCUGACAAGCUGGGGAGCUUUGCCCACAGACCUAGUAACUCCGAGCCCACAGAAGUAGAAGAUGAACCUAACUUGAGUACCAAGCCUCCUGUGGCCCAGUCUCCCAUGCUCACCGAGUCCAGCCUCUGGGCUGGCUAUCCGGCAGAUUGGCCUGAACCAAUCAAGUUCUCCAGGCAGCCAGCAGUCUACAACCCAACCGAAUGGAGGGAAGACAUGGAAUCCCGGGCAGUUCCUCUAGAGGAGAGUGACCAGCAGGAGGCAGUCUUGCCAGGAGAGGAGGCAAACAGAGAGACACUGGAGCUGCAGACCAGGGUUUUCAAGGAAUCUGGUGCCAAUGACCCUGACCUUCCAGCAAGAGAGAAUGCCAAGGAUGAACUGGUAUCACUUUUAGCCCCUCUGGAAGAAAACAAACCACAGAUGAGAGAAUUUCCAGUAACUGAAGCUGCCAAGUUCCAGACAGAGGUCAAGCUGGAGAGACAAGGUGUUUUAGAAUGUGAAGAAAAGGGACUUGAAAUUUGCCAAGACUGCAAUCUAGAAGCAGCUGAAAGUACUGAGUCCUAUUCAACACUAAGGUUCUCCACCAAACCUGAUGUCAGUGACCUUGAGCCCACAACAGGAAAGGAUGAAUAUAAGAUUGAUACAAAGGACAAGAAUGGGUUAGAGAAACAUCUCCUGGCAUCCAGAGCAUGCCUGCAUCAAGCCAAGAAGACGAGCCCUCCACCUUCACAACUCCAAGAAUCACAACUCCAAGAAAGAGCUCAGGAACCAGAGAUGGUCACGGCUUCUGAUGAGGAAAAUACGUCUGGACUUUCAAAAUCUGCUCUGGGGCACAUGCUUGGGGGAAAGUUAACGGAACGAGAAAAACCCAAGGGUAAAGAAACUGUACAAUGUGUCAUAAACAAGCCAACCCAGAAGGGUGGUGAGAUCUAUGAAGGUGUCAACACUACUGUUUACCACAAGGAAGAGCGACCACCUGAUGUCUCAGGAAAAACUCGCCUGGCAUCAGCCCCCGCUAACCUGGCCUACAAUCUGCUUGAUUGUGGUGACACAGAUGUGAGUGCUGCGCUGGUCUCUGUAGCACUGCGGACCUCUCCCAAACAGGAGGAAAGUGGCCUUGGAAAUGCCUUCUCAUCUCCCUCUUCCUCUCAGGUCCUGGAAUACAGUGCCCAGUCACCUACUAAGUUUCCCUUAAUGAGAAAUAAAUUAGAGUGUGAGAGUAACACGUCUGAAUUGGAAGAAUCUUUUCACAAAAGAAAGGAGAAAUCUUCUAAAACUAUUGACAGUAGAAAGGUAAAAGGUAAAUGCCCAGAAGUACGCGUGGGCGAAAAGCAGGAAGGCCUCGAGCUCAAGGGCCAGCUGCAAAAACCGACGAAACCAAAACGCGCCGACUGGCAGCUGGAUAUGGGACACAUGCUGAAGUCCAGCGAUGCGAGCAGGCCAAGGAACGCCAAGGAAAGGAGUCACGUGAGCGAAAUCAAAAGUUGGGGUGAUUCUACCCAUCUUGUAAGCGACGUGUACAAGAAAAGUAAAGGCACACAGGACUUGUCCCUGAAGCCACUGCCCUGCAAAGGUCAUUGUGAAGCCCCGGCACGCACCGUGGGAACCGCCAGUGAUGCGCCCCCUGGUGGCCGGACAAGAGCUUUCGAGGAUGAAGAACUGCAAGACAGGCUGUCCGACAGUGAGUUCCGGAUAUUGGAGGAAGAGAUCCUGGCCUGGGAGAAAGUCCACCUUGAAAACGAGAGUAUCUCUGAGAAUCUGCUAAACAAGUGCGAGGGGCUUAUAUCUGACGCCGCAGAUCGACAGGGGCCGUAUCUAGAAAUGGAACAGGUAGCAGCAGAUGUGGACUCUGAGGGGACAUCACAGCUGGACCAAAAGACUCUUGACAGCAGUGAAAAUACUCAGCUGUCGGAUGCAGACCUCUCAAAGAUGUGCCCCCAAACACAGAACACACCUGCAGACCGAACCUCGCCGAUCCAUCCCCUGUCUGAGGAGGAGAGUGAGCAGAUCCACCCCCCAUCUCUACAUCUGAAAAAAAUGUCUGACGACCUCGAAAUACACAAGAAACAUGACAAAGAAUGUGCACCCGGACAUCCAGAAGUUCCUUCAGUGAAAGUACAUGGAAGACAGUCUCUCACUGGAGAUGCUACAGGGAACGUCAGAGAGCCAAACAAGAGCAGCUCUGGGCUGCAGCACACAGCUGGGGAUGUGCUGGAAAACAUUCGUCCUGGGGAAGAAGCACUUCCGGAUAACCUUAGGAGAAGAACUCACCUCAAGGUUGAAGAAAUAAGCAAGAAGCAGUGGAGUUCGGAAUCGGAAUCAGAACUAUCUCCUGCUGAAGAGAAAGAUGAGCUUGCUGCGAGUGUUCCUGACUCAUGUAUAAAAGAAGCAAAGGACGGUGAAAAGGAAGCUUGGGGCCCCCGGGAGCCUGUGGUCACACCGGCAUUUGAGAAGUCCCCUCCAGAAGCUGCUGGUCUGCUGCUAAUGAAGGAUGGUCACCUUCCCAUGAAAAUGGACCAGGUCGGAAGAAGGCUGACAAAGAGAGAAGCUAAAGAAAAGCACAAGACGGAAACCCAAGUAAAUGAAAUGGAAGAAGCUAGCCAUGGAAGCGAGCCUUGCGUGCCAGCCUCCAGCUGGGGUUCUAGUGGCCCCCUGAAGAUCUGGGAUACGGCUCACUCAGAUGAAAGACUAAUAGAGCUGAAGAAUAGUCGCUAUGAACUGCUUUCAAGAAAACCUGGAGAAAUGGAAAAUAAGGCUAGUGAAGUGCAGAGAGAACAGACAGAAAUUAAAAAAAUUAAAUCCUGGUCACAGCAUGAAGAGGUGGCACGGGACAAGCUCUGCGCUCUGAGGUUCCCCUUAAAGCAAAAGGAGAAACAAGAAAAUGCUGAGUUUGUGUUUCAACAGAAGAAACCACAAUUACGAAGGGAAAAAGAGCAGUGUGGUGAGAGUGUGGAGCGGACUCGACACCCUGAAAUCAGGACAGUGAUCACGGAACUAAAGGCCCUAGAAAAAGAUUUGAGACAGUUUCACAAUCUGAAAGAAAGUUGGGAGACUACAUACUACAAAUACCUACACAUGGUUGUAAAACUUCAGUUUAUCGAGCAGGAGCUAAUAGCGAUAAAAACAGAACAGAAGAAGUGUGGACACCUGCUCAGUAACCAGAAGAACUUGGAAAAAGAAGUUCUCCACUUGAAAAGCUGGCUGCGGGAGAGCGAGACCCAAGCAAGAGAUCAAACCAACGUGGAAAAUCUAAGAGACGCCAGUGAUGCAGCAAUGAUAAGCCAGAUGGAUCUGAGAAUUAAAAACAUGGAAUCUCAGCUAGCCACGAGGGGCGCUCAGCAGAGCCUCAUGGAGGAGGGAUGCUGAGACACAGGCACCACCAUGAAGAAGAGGGUAGCCCCGCCCAGCCAGCGAGGGCAGAGCUGGGCAGGCAAGCCAAGCAGAGCGCAGGGGACUAGCGAAGCUACAGGGCACAGACCGCACUGCUGA